AUGGGCCUUUGUCUCUGCAGUAAAAGAAAGCGAUGUGAUGUCGAAGAAGCUGAAAACCGGUUUAAGGUAAUAAAUGUGAAUGAUGAUGGUAGAAAGAUAUGCCCGGGGGUUAUGGAGCUUACAGAGACUUGUUUAGUCCUGCAUCUGGAAAAAGGAGGGUUUGUGAAGUGGCCCUAUAUCUGCUUGGUGAAGUAUGGAUACAACUCCAAUCUCUUCUCGUUCGUAUGUGGCAGAAGAUGUCAGACUGGGGAAGGUAUAUUUGGCUUCAAGUGCAGCCGUGCAGAAGAGUUAUUUAAUAAGUUACAGGAUUCCAUGCAAAAUAACAGGAUAAGCAUAAUUUCUGAUACAGACAGCGACAGUCCCACAUGUGCAGAGCAAACCUUGCCUUACAGAUAUGAGACCUACCCAUCAUUUCCAGCCUCGUCGUAUGUGUUGUCAUCUUCUAGCAGACCUGAACCAAUUGGGGGUGAGAUUAUCCCUGAUGUGAUUUCCCCGCAAACUUCAGAACAGGAUGACAGAGUGAGACUUGGAUGUGAUCAUAAACCCCUGGAAAAGCAAACUUCAGAUGGUGGGGUCAGCCAAGCAUCUUCCACACGCAGUUAUCUUGAGAUGUCUUGGGAGUAUCAAGGAUCAAGAGCCUACCAAAAGCCCUUAUUUGUGUUUCGAAACAAAGAGGAAAAGGCAGAAGUGGACGUCCUACACAGCAUUAAUUCUAAUGUAGACCUGAAUCAUGCUAUAUGUGACACAGGCUAUGACAGCGAUGACCGUCGAGAAGCAUCUUGUAUCAGAAGGAUGGGUUAUGAGAACAUUGGCGCUCUUCAGAGUGAGCGUUUCAGGUCUAGAAGUAUGGUUGUUUCAGUCAGCAGCAGCUCAGAUUCACAAAAUACAAAUUAUAUUUCAACACGAACUGCAUUGUGUGGCUUUGACAGUCAGCCCUCAAGUCCGUCUGUCUUUGAGGAGAAAUAUAGCUUAGAACAGAGGGCUUCUCCUUCCAAAGAAGCAAUGCGUUUGUGUCAUAAUAGACUGUCUUUAGGACAAGACUCUCUCAACCGUCAGGACUGCGUUGCUACGUAUUUUAACUUUGAUAUGAAACAGCAAACUCAAGACUAUAGGAAACUAAACUACAUUCAAGUUGAGAUGGAGAGUGGGUGCGAUUCGGACAACCCCCAAACGCCACAAAGCCCUGAUACGACUUCGGUUUCAUGGACAACAAAUCUGCAAUGUGAGCUUUAUGCUGAAUUGGACCUAGAGAAAACUGUUGCUUUAUCUCGCAUACACAGGCACAGGCCAAAGGAUGAUGGCACUAGAAAGACCCGGCAUAACAGCAAGCAUUUCCCUAUGUGA